UGCUGGUGCUGACUGUGGUGCCUCCUGCAGCACCCUCAGCGUCUCAGGGAAGCAGUGAGGUUUUCCCGGCACCUUGAGUGUCCGCACUCCUCAUAUACACUUCACUCGAUAACAUAUACCAGGUGUGUCAUCAAGUACAAGAGGCUCGUGCACAAUGGUACUUGUUGGGACUGUGCUGACACAGUUCCUGGCCUUCAGUGCGUCCCUGCCUCUAACUGUCUGCACGGCUACCAUGCGCUUCACUCAUUGUAAUGGAGGUGAGUACUCAACACUGAUGCUAGCGGGGAAGGCAGUAGAGGCAGUCUUGUCUCGGGUGAUCAGUGCCAAGUGUUCCAUCCAGCUCUUCACUGACGGUGGCACACCCGCUGCUGAUGUCUACAAGGUGAAAGACCAACUGCUGGCUCCCAGGGGAGUGUCGGUGUGGGAGGUGGCAGCGGGCGGGGAGGACGCUAACGUGACGCUAGCCCAGAUCUCCCACGAGGUCCACAAGGCUCGGCGGGCUACUGUCCAGUAG